AUGGCGACGAAGAUAAACGUAUAUUCUAUUAAACGAAACGAUGGUGGAAGAGCAGGCAGAGCCUCAACCACUGCAGCAACCGGCUGUACAGAUCAUGCAAUCUGUAACAAUAACUCCAAUGCCAGAAUUUUGCCCAGAUGCAAAAAUCGGAACAAGCCUUUCGACAAGAUGGAACAAUUGGCAGUCAGACUUCGAAAUAUAUAUAACCGCAAGUGGAAUAACGGAUUCAAAGCGAAAACGUGCACUCUUGCUAUAUAUCAAGCCGGACCGAGAGUUCGCGAGAUUUUUAAACAAAUCCCCGAGACAGGAACUGAUACGGACUACAACAUCGCAAAACGGAAAUUAAAGGCUUACUUCGACCCUCAAAAGAAUCGGCGGUACGAAGUUUAUCGUUUUCGACAAACAACUCAAGAACACAAUGAGACAUUAGAUCAAUUUCACACCAGACUUAGAACAAUGUCAGAAACCUGUGAAUUCGCAGACGUUGAAUUUGAAAUCGAAGAACAAAUCAUUAUAGGCGGAAAUUCAUCGAAAAUACGAAAGCGAGCACUGCGUGAUCCUACAUUUGACUUAAAAUCAAUAAUUUUAGAAGGACGUCGUGACGAACAGAGCAAGUACCAAGCUCAACAAAUAGAAUCUAAAGAACAAACUGACGGUGAGGCUAAUAAAUUAGAACAAAAACCUAGUAACGGUAGUAUUUCGAACAGUAGUAAUGUUAUUUGCAGAAAUUGUGGGCGUGCUUAUCCACACACAGGGGCAUGUCCAGCGAAAGGGAAAACCUGUAAUAAUUGUGGAAAACCGAAUCAUUUCGCUGCUGUUUGUCGAGGAAAACAAAAACAAACGCGAUCACCGAGAUACUCAAACAAAAAGCAUGCACAAAGAAAUUUAAAAACAUUAGACAAAGAAAUUUAA